CAGCUCCACUCCGCUGCUUUCCUCUGCCACCCUCGCGUCUGGUCGUUCCUCUCAUCUCGGCGAUCAGUCGCACCCUUGGUGGCUCCGAGUAAAGCUCAUAUUCUCAAUAUAGAUUACUGGCAAAGUUGAAUAAUUAUUAUUGAAUAACACAAAUCACCAUGAGAGUUGAAAUCAAAUUAAAUAAGCAUAUACGAUCUACAAUGAGAAUUUUCGGUGUGGUAGCUGUUGCCUGUAUUCUUCAAGCAUCGAUCGUCCAUUGCGGGACGCGGCCCAGCUUCGUUUCUGAUGACAUGAUAGCUAUGGCUGCAAGUGUCGUUAACGCAUGCCAGACUGAGACAGGAGUAUCUACUGCCGACAUAGAAGCCGUACGAAAUGGACAAUGGUCCGAGGAACGUUCCCUUAAGUGUUACAUGUACUGCCUUUGGGAACAAUUCGGCCUUGUGGAUGAUAAGAGGGAAUUGAGUCUCAAUGGGAUGCUGACAUUUUUCCAACGUAUACCAGCAUUCCGAGCUGAAGUAUUGAAAGCAGUAAACACUUGCAAGAGGAUCGGUAAAUAUUUCGCUAAUGGUGACAACUGCGAAUACGCAUAUACAUUCAACAAGUGUUACGCGGAACAGUCACCAAGGACGUACUAUCUGUUUUAAUGAUGUCUACUUAAAGAUAAUAGUCGAGAAGAAUAUCAAGGUGGAAAUAUAUAAGACCAAGUUAAAGAAUGCUCAAUAAUUUGAAAUCGCCGAAUGCAUUGGAAUUAUUUAUUUAAUUAUAUGUUAUCACUGCACGCAUACGAUGCACUUGGUGUCAUGGUUAAAAAGUAAAAAAAAAUAUCAAUCGAUACCUGUAUCAUGGAUGUGUCAGAUAAAUAUAUGAUUUUACAGCAAAGCUCUCGUGACUAUCAUUCAUUAUUUCACAAUUAAUCCAAAUCACGCAAAAAAUUUAAACGUCGCUCCGCCCAAUAUGUCGUUUUUUAGAAUUUGCAGUUUAAAAAAUCGUCAUUUCUGAUUGGCUAUAAAAGUUAAAUCGAUCGUUCAUAUUAAUUUUUUUCGAAUGUCAAAGCAGCUACGUACAUAUGUAGUCCGACGUUUUGCAAAAAGAUUCGUCAUUUCUUAAGAGCACAAGGAAUAAGUCAUUUUGUUCGGCAUAACGUACGGUACAGUUUUCAGUCAGUUAUUUAUUAUAUGAAAAAGAUGGAUCGACUAGUUUCAUUAACGACAUUCUUAAUAUUAUUAAUCGUCAAUACUCCAUUAAUCGAUGCUGAUAGGCCAGUUUUCAUUUCAAACGCAAUUGUACAGCUGGCUAAACCUUUAACAGAAUCUUGUAAGAGUACAACUAAUGUAACUGACGAACAAAUUAGAAAGGUGAAUACCGGAAACUUUGAAGACGGAAAGAUCAUAGGGUGUUACUCUCAUUGCCUUUGGCAAAAAAUGGAUCUGCUUGAUGAGAAUGAUAAUAUUAAAACAGAAAUCAUAGAGGCUCUGUUGCCCGACGAAUUCAAAGGAAAUAUUAUCCAGACGUUGCUCACUUGCCAAAAGCGACAUCCACCGAAAGAUGACAAAUGCGAUCGAUCAUUUAGCAUCCAGAAAUGUUACUACGAGAUAUCACCACAGACGUUUUAUAUGCUCUAGGAAAUGUGAUUAUUGUGGCGGAUUUCUUGCAAGGAUGCACUGGUGGAGGUAAAACGAUAUAUUCCAAUUAAAUAAAGUAUCAAAGAUGAAUUUCUUAUAGAAUACUCUGUUGCCAGAAUUCAGAGUUCAAAUCAAAACCUGAAAACCACUUGUAUAUUUUGAAAAUAAUAAUAUUGAUGUUAUAUAAAUAAAAAA